CGCUCCAGGCUGAAUUACAUGCGCAGUCCUGCCGUGAAUCACACAUCACCACGGCAACCGGCGCUCACACCGAGUCCCCGUCAGCAUCAGCGAGGUCCGAUCCCAUCCACAGGCGACCGGAGAGCACAGAAACCACAAUCCAUCCAGGCAUUUUCAGGCAGCUGAGCAGCCAUGGUGAAACUGGGCAGUAAUCUGUCUGAGAAAAUGGAGAAGCAGCCGUCUGCGGACGACGGCUUUGAUAACAUCCCCCUCAUCACACCCCUGGAGGUCAACCAGCUCCAGCAGCCGUUCGCAGACAAGAUCAUUGUGAAGACAUCGACACAGUACCAGCUGCAGCAGAAGAAGAACAAGCUGUACAUUCCGAACAUAAAGAAACUGAAUAUCAACUUCUACAGUGAUGUUUCAGAGAAAGCCAAGAUCACAGGUCUGAUCCUCAUCACUUUGGCCUUCUUGACCAGCCUGCUCCUCCUGCUUAUGUACAAAGCCAUGUGGUACGACCAACUAACCUGCCCAGAGGGUUUUAUCCUUAGGCAGAAGCACUGCACCCCGGCAGCUCUGGAGAUGUACUACACAGAGCAGCAGCAGCAACAGCAGGAGCCAGGGGUCCAUGGCGGCACCGACACCGGGCUGUACGCUGCUCUCAGCCACCUCAACCAGGUCAAGAGGACUGGACCUGAGCUGCCAUCGCCAUGGCUACCAGUCAUCAGCGCUCUGAAGGAGGCUGAGGUGGCAAAACAAGGCAGCGAGCCGCCAAAAGGAGUGCUGGAGGGAGAGGAGUGAAGGGUCUGAUGGGAAUGCAUAUAUCAGAGGAGGAAAUGGUGAUGGGCAGUAACGUAGGUUACUUUUUGUUUGUGUGAGAGUGUGUGUGUGGGUGUGUGUUCAGGAUUUUUUUUUCCUCUCCCAGACCAGUCCAUUGACUCUUUUGCCUAUAGUGGUGCUCCUAAACCUUAAAAGUAUUUGAAUAUCUGCCAAAUGGUUGAAUCAACAACGUAAACCACAAGUUCACUCAACUUCAAUCCACUAUAUUCUGUUAAUAUUUAAUAUAAGCUAAUACCCAACUGUGGUGGUGUGUGUGUGCGGAUGUGUGCGGAUG